CAGGGGCUUGUAUCAUAUAUGUUUGGGUCGGAAAUAUGUUACAGUCGUCUGGAAUCUGCGGCACUUUACAAUCAAACAAUGUGACGUACAUCAAUCACCUUUGCAUGGCGUCAUAAAUUUUCUAUCGUGGCAUUAACAUUUUAUGGAAUCGUCUGUGAUCACAAAAUGACAGGCCGUGUGAUAAUUGUGACAGGAGCCAACACAGGUAUUGGUUAUGCUGCAGCACAGAACCUUUGUGAGGGUGGUAAUGAUGUCAUACUAGCCUGUAGGAAUGAAGAGAAAGGGAAGGCAGCAGUAGAACAAAUACUAAAGAAACAUCCUAAUGCCUUGGCAACAUUUAUGCAGCUGGACUUGGCUGACAUGGUAUCCAUUAGGAAGUUCGUAGAGGAUUUUCAUGAAACUGGGAAGAAAUUAAAUGCUCUGAUCAAUAAUGCUGGAGUGUACAUGCUACAGAAACAAUGGACAAAAGAUAACUUUGAGAUGACUGUUGGUACAAAUCAUCUGGGGCCGUUUUUACUGACCAAUCUGUUGCUGGAUGAUCUAAAGAAAACAGCCAGUGAAGCAGGAGAAGCUAGGAUAGUCAAUGUCACUUCUUCUCUCCAUGACAGAGCAUUAAAAAUCAGGAAAGCACCUGAGAUGUUGUCCACUGAAGACUUUUUCCUUGACAAGGAAGGGGCUUAUACUCCUGAGCAAAGUUACAGAAAUUCCAAACUUUGUAAUGUCUUGAUGACACAAAGUCUGUCUAAACAGCUGGAUGGCACUGGGGUCACCUGUAACUGUGUCUGUCCAGGAAUGGUGAAGGACUCAGAACUGAUGAGACAAGCUGGGGCUGUUAAAAGGUUCUUCCUGAAGUAUUUUGCGAACACUUUAAUGAAGUUGAGAAUAAGAUCUAUACCAGCUCAUUCCUUGGAGGAAGGUGGCAGAUGUUUGGUAGAUUUGGCUAUCAGCGAAGAACAAAAAGGUGUUACUGGGAAGUUUUUCAGUAAUUUUGAAGAGAAGAAGUCUUCAGAUGACUCUUUGGAUGAGGAAUUACAGAAGAAUGUAUAUGAGUUGAGUGCACGUUACUGUCACCUUGAGGGUUAUGAACCUCUUGAUGCCCCUGCUCCACCACCCCCAGAGGAGAAACCUAAGAGUAAAAGAAAGUCCAAGAAGGGCAAAGCAGCUGAUGAGACAGAGAUUGAGGACAAAGGUGAAGAAAAGAAGGAUGGAGAAGAGAAAAAAGAUACAUUAAACACAUCAGAUGGUAUACAGUAUGCUGAUGCUGAUACUUCUAAAGUAGAAGAAGGAAAGAAAGCUUUAGAAGAGAAAACUGGAGAGAAGGUUGAAACCACAGAAGAUGAACCAAAAGUUGAUGAAAAAGGAGAUGCUGACAAACCUAAAGAACUUGAACCAGAAGAUAAAGAAAUAAAAAAAACAGAUGAUUCUGCUGUCAUAGAGACCCAGGCAGAGGUUACUGCACAGUAAGACUCUUGUUGCCAUAGUUACGGUUACCAGUGCUAAGGCAGUGUUACUAUGUUGUUACUGACAUAUACAAUGCAAUUUAUGUUUUGUGCCACUGCUGUGACUUAGUAAUAUUAUCUAUUGAAUAAUAUGUAGUCAUUUUAAAUUGUCAUUUUAUUAUGCUGUUCACUUUUAGUAUGUCUUAGGUUUACAUAUAAAAGAACUAUAGAUGGUUGCUAACCUUUCACAAGUUAUAAAAGGGGGGUAAUAAAUGGUUUUUAAGAGAGAGAAAAGAGAAGGUAUGAAUUUGGGAUGUGUUUGACAUUGUUUUCUGGUUUUUUAUUCAUUCCAAUGCUCUUACUUUGCAAAUAAUUGAAAGAUGACAUUAAGAUGUAUUCAUUUUGUGCAUGCAUUGUCAUGUUAACAAGAUAUAUAAGACAACAACAGUUUUCAACAUGAAUCAUUACAGUUGAUGCCAGUUUAGGUAAAACAGGGACAUUUAAAUGCAAAAUGUACCUUCUCCCUAAUUAUGGUAAAGAACAACUAAUGACCAGUAUCUGAUUAUCACUAUUCUAUAUCAUGUAUAUAGACAUACUUUAAAAGGUAAAACAAAAACAGUAAGUGUUGCUUUUGGAAAGUUGUUUUUUUUGCUUUAUUAUUUUGUGUGCCAUUGUUGAUAUUUUGAAUUUAAAACAAAAAAUGUUUUUGAAAUAAGUCAUAAUUUUGAAUGACUGAAUCUUAACAUUAAACACUAUAGAUUUGUAAGUUGAUUUUUAAUUCACAGUCAAAGGCCUUUUAAGAAUGUAUUUCAAAAAAGGAAGAGACACUGGGUCAAAAUAGAUGGUUGACAUCUUUAGAAUUAAGGUGAUGUGCUAUGUUUAUAUACAAAUAUAGUCAAAACACAAUAAACAUGUAAUGAUUGAACAAAGAAUCAAAUAAUUAUUGAGUUGAAACAAACCUAAAUUUGGAUAAGUGCCUGGAAGCUAAGAAAAACAAGUUUUAUUUUUUUAUAUUAUAGAAUGAAAUAUUACUGAUGAAUAGGAGUAUGUAUCUCAUUUUUUUAUAUGGUAUUUUAUUUAUACAAAUUUAUUUUCUAAUGAAAUGCUGUUUUAUUCAGUUAUGUAUUAUUUUAAUGUGGCAUUAUGUUUAUGUAUAUGCAUAUUUUUUGUAUUUAUUCCCUUUACUUAACACAUUCAUGAACAGGGUAUAUUAAAUUAUUCAUCAUUUACCUCUAUAUAACAUCACCCCUUUAUCACUUCCAAACUUAUUAAUCUAAAUCUAGUUUGAAACAAAUUACUUUUUUUUUGCUGCUGAAUAGCGCUGGUUUUUGACAGUAGAGCUUUUUUGGCUGCUGAAUAGCGCUGGUUUUUGACAGGAGAGAUUUUUUGGCUGCUGAAUAGCGCUGGUUUUUGACAGUAGAGCUAUGGAGAAAAGGAAAGAGAAAUGUGCUUGGCUUUUGAGAUGCAAACGUUCUGUGUCAAGUUUAAUAAAAAAUUUGUUUGAAGAAAUUAUAUGAGUAGAUUAAAAAUUUAUGUUAGACAAAUAUUCUGUGCAAAUAAGAAUGGACUACAAGAACUAUUCCUUGCUUUUUAUCACCACCCACUCCAAAAAAAAAACCCAAAAAGUGUUUAACAUCUGAGUUAUACCAGUUAUUCAUAUAAAUGACAAACAUAUUAUCAGAUAAAAUUGCUUUUUAUUGGCAUUAUCAUUUUUAUCAUCUUUUAUACACCUUACAUUUCAUUAAACCAAUCAAAUUAUUUUAUUAUUAUUGUAUACUAUAUUUUUUUAUAUAACAAGUGUUCAAUUUAUUUUAAUUUACGCAUAAUUUUAUUAAAGGUGCUAAAUACAACCAUUUUACUGUAUCUAAAACAUAUUUUGUUUAUUGUAAACUAUUUUAUGGUGUUUUGCAAUAUUUAAGUUUUAUACACAAAAAGUCCUGUUUUCAUCGUAUUGUUCAAUUCUAUAAAUUUCUUGCCCAUUAUAAUUAAAAUUGUAUCAAAUUUAGUUGCAAUAUAUAAGCUAAUGUGUUCUCUCUAUGUUAAAUUUGUAUUCUAGUCAGUGAAAGCAGUCAAACAAGAGUCAAUUUGAUUUAGUUACCAACACUUUCCUAUACAAUAACAUUUAUCUAUAAAGUACUCCAUUUAUAAUUGAUAGAAAUUAAAUUCAUGGUAAUAUUUUAUCUAGGUCAAUAAAAACAUGGUUGCUUUUAGUAUUAUAAAGAGUUAUAAACAUCAAUAUUCUGAUGUAUUUUGCAUUUUUUUUGUACUGCAAUCAAUUUUGUUAUACUAUAUGCCAGUAUUUUGUAUACCAUGCUAGCAUUUAAGUUUUGUAUAGGGCUUUUAUUUAUUGUUCUGUAUAAUGUAUACAAUUUGAUGCCAUAUAAUGGAUCUGCUUUUGUAAUAUUGUAGUCUGUAUUAGGAAGAAAACAUGACAUAGGAGGAGUAAAGAUAUAAGUGUAUUAUAAAGACACUGUUUACUUGAUAUCAAUCAGGAAAUUAAAUUCUAAAUAGAAUAAAAAGUAAGAGAAAUAUGGAAUUGUAGUACUGUAAAACAAGUUGAAAUUUGAGGUUUUGACUUUCAUACAUUUCUCCCUCAUGUUGUGAUUUGUAUGUAAGAACUGUCUACCUGCCACAAACAGUGAUUAUUUCUACAUUAUUGGAUAGAAGAGUUGAUUUUAGUACUGCAUGAAAUAUUUCUAAGUAUGUUUUUAACUGACAGGUUGUAUAUAAUGCUAGGACAAGUAUUAUUGAGAAGGUUGUAGAAAGUGUUCACAUUGAUAGAUGAUACACAUCAAUAUGUAGGACAUGUUAAAGGGAUGUAUCAGUGUUCUUUUGUAAAGUGACAAUAAAAUGUUUUAAACCUU